GACCGAGAUAAACAACCCAGCAGAGUGCCGCUACAAAUGGCGCCGCCGUACGUUUGCCAUUGUCGCCAAGUGAGGUGCUCAGGAGAAUACAGCAGCCACGAAAGAAAUCAUAAAAAUCAUGCAAGAUGACUACCCAGAAUUUUUGGCCAUCAAAUUUUUUGUUAAUGUUCCUUCUUGGGGAAGUAUGAUUUUCAAGCUGCUCCGUCCAUUACUAUCCGAAGCCACGACCAAGAAAUUUGUUGUAUGCUCAACUAAUGAACUGUAUCCAACACUCACUGAUACAAUUGCAGUAGAAAAUUUACCAUCGGUGUACCAAAAGCUCCAAAAGGAGAAGGACACGGAAGAAAAAAGCAAGGAGCAGCAGCAGCAACAACAACAACAACAACAACAACAAGAAUCUGCUGCAGCAGUUAGAACAGCAACGGGUAUAAAUAGCGAUGAUGAGGCGGAUAAGGAUAAAAUGAAGGAUGAUGGGAAACAAGAACAGUGAUAGGAAAGGACCUGAUGCUAAGAAAGAGGAAGCAUUGGACGGCAAAAAAGACAGGAUGGACGAUGCUGCAGUCGCUUCUGCAAAAGAUGCAUCCAAUACA